GCGGAAGUUUUGAUCCUGAAGGACGGAGCGCCUUCGAGCAGCUGAACGUUUGUGCUUUUGACAUAUAAAUGGUCAGGAUGACUCCGAAACGUUACCUGGAGGGACAGGUGUACUCUGUACCGCUCAUCCAGCCGGAUCUGAGGAGAGAAGAGGCUGUGCAUCAGAUCACUGGUGCGUUACAGUACCUGGAAAUGAUAUCAACAGACAUCUUUUCUAGGGUGUCUCAGAGCGUGGAGAAGAACCGUGUACACCUUCAGACCGUCACAGACCGGAUCAAACUGGCUCAGGCCAGAGUCCAGAAGAUCAAAGGAAGCAAGAAAGCCACAAAGGUGUUCUCCAGUGCCAAAUACCCCGCUCCAGAAAAACUGCAGGAUUAUUCGUCCAUCUUUACGGGUGCAGUAGAUCCCGCCUCCCAAAAGCGGCCACGCUUUAAAGUUCAGAGCAAGCUCCGCCCACUGGAUGACAAGGCCCCACAGGAGAAGCUGAUGUAUUUGCCAGUAUGCGUCAACACUAAGAAGCGCUCUGAGGAUGAGACAGAGGAGGGUUUGGGAAGUCUGCCAAGAAAUGUCAACUCGGUCAGCUCCUUAUUGCUGUUCAACACAACAGAGAACCUCUAUAAGAAAUAUGUGUUUCUUGACCCUCUGGCGGGUGCCGUGACUAAAACACACACCACGUUAGAGACAGAAAAGGAAGAUAAACCGUUUGAUGCGCCGCUGUCGAUCACCAAGAGAGAGCAGCUAGAGAGACAGACCGCAGAGAAUUAUUUCUAUGUGCCAGACCUGGGGCAAGUGCCUGAGAUCGAUGUGCCAUCUUACCUGCCUGACUUACCUGGCAUCGCUGAUGACCUCAUGUACAGCGCUGACCUCGGCCCAGGGUUCGCACCAUCCGUUCCUGCCAGCAGCAGCAUCCCUGAACUGCCUUCGUUUGGCACAGAGCACGAUGAAUCUAGUGGAUUGGUCGCGUCAAGUCAAGCCCCUCCCACAGGUAUGGUGAAAGGCACCCCUUCUGAGGUGUUACAGCCGUCGGACGGGCGAGCCAGUCUGCUGGAGUCGAUCCGAAACGCCGGCGGCAAAGCAAACCUCCGCAAUGUAAAAGGACGCAAGAUGGAGAAGAAGAAACAGAAGGAACAAGAGCAAGUUGGGGCAGCAGUGAGCGGUGGAGACCUGAUGUCUGACCUCUUCAAUAAAUUGGCCAUGCGCAGGAAAGGGAUCUCUGGCAAGGGCCCAACGGGCGGAGACUCAUCUGAAGCACCUGCCAACUCCGGUGGCGCGUUCGCCAGGAUGUCAGAUGUGAUCCCGCCCCUUCCAGCGCCACAGCAACCGGCCGCAGACGAUGAAGGUGAUUGGGAGGCGUAACCAUGGCAACCCAGAGUUGAGUGCGAAACUCGAGAUUCAAGAGUUGAAAUCCUCAUAGACAGGGUCUGGAGAUAUUGUCUCUCCAAGGAGAGCUGUGGAGUGUUGAGUGAGACGUUUGGUCUUUUAUCAAAAGUGUAAGAGGAUGUGUUCUAUAUGUCAUUAAAACCUUUAUAGUCUGAAAGAUUAUAUUAUUAAAGUUAACGUGACAUCUAAAUUCACACUAUUUACAUUCUUCAUUCACAUCAGUGCAAAUUAUUUCAAAAU